ACAUUCCAUAUAUUGUGUCUUAGUUUGCUAAUUUUUAAGACUCUUGCCUUCUAAUGUUUUUCUCCAUAAUUCUAGUUUUAAGCUUCCUUAGAUCACAUUUCUUGUCACAUUUCAGACCAGCUUUGUGUCGAUGAUAAUUACCUGUGGGAUUGGAAAAAAUAUUUUCAAAAACACCUUCAAUAAUUCCCUUCUAAUAUAGUGGCUUUAUUUGAUCCACCACGCAAUCAAAGCAAUCCCAGUGGCUUUGAUUGUCAACAAACAUAAUCUAAAUUUUCUUUUUAUAGUUGUGUCAAGAGAACAUCAGUUGUUGACCUUUAAACAUGCAUCUCUCUAUAUAUAGAAAAAUUAUGCUAAUUGACAACAGUACUAUUACACUGCAAAAAGCCAGAUCUUGAUACUGCAAGUCAUGGCUGAUACUAUUGCAAGUGAAGCAAGCUCUCUCUUCUAUCCUAUACUACUCUUGCCCAUCAUCUUUCUCAUCCUAAAGCAUUUCAAAUCAUAUUUCCUAUCAAAAAGUACUCUACCACUUCCACCAGGACCAAGUCCAUGGCCAAUCUUGGGCAAUAUUCCUCAUAUGGGAAAAAAGCCUCACAUCACUCUAGCAAACUUUGCUCAGACUUAUGGUCCACUCAUGUCACUGAGACUAGGAACUCAAAUCAUGAUCAUCGGAUCAUCGGCAACUGCUGCGGAGGAAAUUCUCAAGACCCAUGAUCGAAUCUUAUCUGCACGAUAUGUUCCUCAUGCAGUACCAGCUAAGAGCCCUAAAUUCAAUCACUUAUCACUUGGGUGGGCACUGGAGUGCAAUGAUAGAUGGAAGAAUUUAAGAACAAUAUGCAGAAGUGAGCUCUUCUCGGGCAAGGCAAUGGAGUCUCAAGCAUGUUUGAGAGAGAGAAAGGCAAUGGACAUGGUGAAUUUUUUGGGUGCAAAGGAGGGAAAGGAAGUGAAAGUUGGAGAACUGGUUUUUGCCACUGUUUUUAAUAUGUUGAGUAAUGUUCUUAUAUCAAGAGAUUUAAUCAUAUUGGAGAAGCAGAGUGUGGAUGGAGGGAUGAAGGGUCUUCUAGGAAAAUAUGUUGAUUUUAUUUCAGCUCCAAAUCUGCCUGAUUUUUAUCCAAUUUUACGUGCAUUAGAUCUUCAGGGUUUAAACAAGAAGGCAAAGGAAGCGUUUAUGAGGAUGUGUGCUAUGUGGGAGCCCAUUAUCGAAGACAGAAGAGAAGGAAGAAAAGGCAACGCUUCAGGCCAAAAGGACUUCUUGGACGCCCUCAUCGACAAUUCUUGUACCAAUGAUCAAAUCAACUAUCUGCUCCAGGAGCUAUUCGCUGCUGGUGCAGAAACUAGUGCCUUAGCGAUUGAAUGGGUGAUGGCAGAAUUGAUAAAAAAUCCAGAAUCCAUGAAGAAAGUCCGCGAAGAAAUGACAAGAGAAAUCAAACAAGAUUUGCUAAAAGAAUCCCAUCUACCUCACCUACAUUACCUUCAAGCCUGUUUCAAAGAAACUCUGAGGUUGCAUCCUUCAGCACCAUUUAUGCUUCCUCACCGUGCACCUGACUCAUGCAAAGUGAUGAAUUACACCAUUCCUAAGAAUUCUCAAGUACUAGUAAAUGUUUGGGCGAUUGGGCGAGACCCCAUGAUUUGGGAAGAUCCAUUGAACUUCAAGCCAGAACGGUUUCUCAACUCGACUCUAGAUUUUAAAGGGACUGAUUUUGAGUUCUUACCGUUUGGUGCAGGGAGAAGAAUCUGCCCUGGCCUACCCAUGGCAGCAAAGCUUGUUCCUUUGAUAGUUGCUUCAUUGAUUCAUUAUUUUGAUUGGUCACUUCCACAUGGAAAUGAUCCCAUUAAGCUAGACAUGAAUGAGAAGGUUGCUUUAACAUUGCAGAAGGAACAUGCCUUGGUCCUCAUUCCCAAACUUAAGAAAUGACCAACAGAUUGUGCCAAUCUUUCUACCAUGUGUACUGUUAUAAUCACUUUCAUAUAUUUAUCUCAAAGAGUGCUCAUUGUAUCAGUUGUCAGCAGUGAAAGCUUCUCUUUUAAAUUUCAAAACAUUCUUGUAUCAAGAAAAGAUGGCUCAUUAUGAUCACUUGUAUCCACUGUUCUCUGUGUUCAUCAUCAGGAAAUCUCAUGAGCAGUAGAUUUUUACCUCAAAUUAAAUUUAAAGUGGUGAGUUUCGAAACUCAAUUCAUUUCUUAGAA